GAUUAUAAAUUUAUUUUGUUACUGUAAAUUUAAAUAUUCUAUGCGUCGAUAGGCUCAUUCUCCUCAGCGCUUGUAUGGCAUAUCUACAUGUACCAUGCAUUGCAUGCCUAAAUAGGCCUCAUCUUAACUCAUCGAUUGCUAAAUUCUCUUUGUCACUUGAAACCGUCUGAGUGCUGGAAGUAAGUAGGCACAAGACAUAAAUCUAGUACUACCGAAUAGCUCUUCUUCGACGCAAUGGACGGAUUUUCUACCGCGUUGAAUAUCUUUGGCGUCAUAGAAACCUCCAUAAACACCGCUUCAGCAUUGUACAAAUAUGCCAACGAUGUCAAGGAUGCCGAAUUGGAUAUGAAAGAUCUUGGCGAAGAAAUUAAUGCCCACCUCUCCAUUUUGGGGAAAGCCAAGGAUCUCCUAGAAAAUCAAAACGGCCGUCUACAAGUAUCUCAGGGACUGCGAUCCGCUCUCGAUGCAAACUCCUCUAAGCUUGCUAGCAUCAAAUGUCAGCUAGAUGAGAAACUAUCAGGUAAUCCCGGCUUCCGGAAGCAGAUGUUGAAGAGAGCACGGUGGCCAUUUCAAAGUCGUAGAAUUAAAUACGACAUUGAAAAUCUGCGGAAGGGCCGAGAGGAUAUCAGGAUCGCCCUCGAUAUUGACAAAACCAACAUGAUUAUGGAUAUUCAAUGUGCUCAGUCCGACGAGAUUCUCUCUAAACUCCCAGUGGUUCAAGGUGCAGCUUUCGAUGCCCACGCUAAUGAACACGAACCCCAGUGUUAUCCUGGCACCCGUGUCAAGAUUCUGGGAGAGAUUGGUAAAUGGGCUCAGGAAACAGACGGACGACGCAUAUAUUGGCUAUGUGGCAUGGCGGGCACCGGCAAAUCUACCAUUUGCAGAACCGUCUCUCAUCAUCUAACAAGCUUAAACAUUGUAACCGCCAGCUUCUUCUUCAAGAAAGGUGACGACAAUCGAGACAAAUCCAGUGCUCUCUUUACUACCAUUGUCAAACAACUUGUUGAGCAUUUACCAAAAGAAAUGGCGUCACAUGUUAAGCAAGCAUUGCAGGAUAAUCCAAGCAUAAGCGACAAAACGCUAAACAUGCAGUUCGAGAAACUCAUACUAGAACCAUUGGAGAGCUGCAAAUUGCUGCCACCAGUUAUCGUUGUCGUACUAGAUGCCCUCGAUGAAUGCGAGGAUCAGGCUAGUGCUGCCAAAAUCAUUGAGCUUCUGCCUAGUGUCGAAGCGGUAUCGUCUACGUGCUUCAAAGUCUUGGUUGCCAGUAGACCAGAAUGUCAUCUUCGAAAAUCUUUUGCUCAACUAGAGUGCAAAUAUCACAAAAUUUUUCUCUAUGAGGCGCUUCAUGAAGUUGCAGAUGAGGAUAUUCGGAGCGACAUCUCUAUCUUCUUGGAAUCUCAACUUGGGCAGAUUAGAGACAAGUAUAAUCUCACCAACUUACAAUUGCCCGCAGAUUGGCCUCCACGCUCUCUUAUUAAAGAUCUUGUCGAUAUUUCAGUGCCUCUAUUCAUUCUGGCGGCAACUGCUUGUCGAUAUAUUGGCGACGAAGAUCUCGGGCUUCCUGUGACGUUGGCCCAUGAAUUUCUGCAACAUCAUCGACAGCUCGGCAAAAGGAACCCUCUUGCUAGGAUAUACCUCCCCAUUUUGGAGCAAUUGCUAGUUAAACGUAAUGGAACCGUGCGAGAGGAUCGCUCAGAGGUAGAGAAGGAAAAGAUUAUUGGAGAAUUCCGCCGAGUUGUUGGCACAAUUGUGGCUCUUGAAGCGCCCCUUUCGAUCGCGUCACUCUCAGAACUGCUUCAAAUGAGCCCAAUGGAUGUCAAUUUACGCCUUUCAGGUCUAAACUCUGUUUUGAAUGUCCCAGAAGACCUCAAUAGCCCGGUAAAGCUAUUUCAUCUGUCAUUUCGCGAUUUCUUGAUUGGCACUGGUGAUCAAGAUCAGAAGCAUAACUUCUUGGUUGAUGAACGAGAAACACAUGCAAAUCUAGCUCGCCAGUGUAUUACGUUGCUUUCGAGGGAUGACAAUCUCAAACAGGACAUCUGUAGACUCAAUCACCCUGGAAUAGCAAGGUCGAACAUUGACAAAGGUACAAUCGAGGCUUCCUUGCCUCCCCAUGUUCGAUACGCAUGUGUACACUGGGUCUUCCACUUGAAGGAGAGCCAGGGCCGCAUACGCGUUGAUGAUGAAACGCAUCGCUUCCUCACCAAACACCUAAUACACUGGCUUGAGGCACUCAGUCUACUGGGUCGCGUUGUCGAGAGCGGAGAAAUGGUGGAAAGCCUCUUAGCCAUGAUUGAUAACAAUGAUAAAGUAUUCGGUCUCCUACGCGACACCAAACGAUUCAUACGUGCUUAUCAACAUAUGAUGGAUGUAGCGCCGCUACAGAUAUACUCUUCUGGUCUGAUUUUUGCGCCAAAGAGGUGCGAGUUUCGACAAUGUUUCGAAAAAGCGAUUCCAGCGUGGAUAAAACAUCAGCGUACUGUCUCAAUGGACUGGGAUUUGUGCCUCCAAACCUUAGAAGGCCACAAUGAACCUGUAUUCCAAGCUGUCUUAUCGCCGGACUCGUCACUCAUAGCAUCACGCAGCAAAACAAAGGUCCUAAUCUGGCGAAGCCACAGUGGAACUUGUAUCCACAAUAUCAAGGCCAUUCGUUCAAAAACAAUUGCAUUCUCACCCGACUCAACAUCCUUUUACUUGGUCUGCUCAGAUGGCUCUGUUCAGAGGUGGGAGACAGACACAUGGACGUGUAAGACAAGGGCAGAGGAAGAUCCAGUGGUGGUCAGUCCGGUAACUGAAGUUAGACGGGGUCACAGAUAUGGUGCAGCCAUUUCUCACGACUGCAAGCUCGUCGCAGUAUUCGCCGCCACGGGUAUCGAAAUCCGGUCAAUUUCAACGCCAGCCGACUCCACAAAGAGCAUCAAGACUAGUGUAUCUAGCGACCAGAGUUUAAUAUUUUCUCCAGAUUCCACUUACAUAGUUGUGCAAUCGUUCGUUUCCAAAUUGCUCGAGAUGUGGCCUAUCCAUGGCGGAAAGCCCACCUUGAUACAGCACUGUUCGGAUAUAGCAUUUUCGCCCGACUCCUCCCUUGUGGCUUUGGGUUUUCAAGUCGCCGUAGAAAUCUGCCGCAUCGACAAGGGGUCUUUGAAGUUUUAUCAAAAAUUCAGGCUUGAUUAUGGGCACUGCGGGUUCGCCUUCUCCCAUGAUGCGGUACUCCUGGCAAUUUCGUUAAAGUCCCAUAAAUUCGGGAUCUGGUUAACCGCUACUGGCGAGUGUUUAUGGACGGUCACUGAUCAUACAGACAGCAUUACGUCUCUUUCUUUUUCGCAUGACUCUACGUUCCUCGUUUCAUCAUCUUAUGAUAGGACACUGCGUAUUUACAGCGUCAGCAAAGAGAGAUUGCCUGAAAUGAAUGAAAAGAAGCACAAGCAGGUUAGGUCCAUUACCAUUUCACCCGACUCGUCACUCUUGCUACUAGAACUAUACCGACGUAGCAGCACCUGGCAGGUUUUUCGAGUUGAUUCGGGCACUUGUCUUGCAGAAUUCGACCAGAACAAACUGCAAAGCGAGCCUACUUUCAUGCAUGAUUCAGCUUUAGCUGUAAUUAAAGGCGGCGUGGCUGAGAUUUGGCACACUGAUGGACGCCGGUCCGUGCAAAACCUAGAUGGGCUUGGUUCAGAUCUAUCUGUAGUUGGUCAAGCCUGUUUCUCAGCAGACUUUACGCUGGCUGCAGGCAUCUUGGAAGACAGAUCUCUGAGGAUCUGGCGAGUGAAUACAGGUGAAAGCAUACGAGUAGUCAAGUAUGCUGUGCCUACUGAGUUCCAUCAAAUAACCCUGUGCUUCUCUCCAGACGCAUCUCGAAUAGCAUAUGCCUCGAAGCUUGCAAAAGAGCUUUUUGUUUGGCCGAUUAAAUCGGACACACCUACCCGAAAGUUCGACUCGGGAGCCGUUCCCUGUUUUGCCUUGUCUAAUACGAAACUUGCUGCGGUAUUUGGGAAGGGGCUAUUUGGAAAGGAGGCACUCAGGAUAUGGAGUCUCGAAACAGGUGAUAUUUUACACGGUUUACAUGGUAUCGAUGGAUAUACUCAAACGCUCGCUUUUUCAUAUGACUCGACGCUCCUAGCAUCAAAAGCAUUGUUCAUGGGUAAAAAUGAGGUCUACAUCUGGAAUACCGAUACGGGGGCCCGUAUGCAGACCAUCGAAUUUGGGUCGGGGAUAACAUAUCUAUCAUUCGAGCCUAAUGGUAACUCGGGAUUGCGCACCAAUCUUGGUCGAAUCAAGUUCAAAGACUCUACAGCACUAGGUGAGGAUGCAGCUAGUGUUGGCCAGUUCCAGCCAUGGCGUUACGAUAAGCUUGGUUAUAACAAUGGUAAUGAUUAUUCUUGGAUAACAUACAAUGGGGAGAAAAUACUUUGGCUCCCCGUAAAAUAUCGAGGAGGAUGGAGAGCAUCGUGCGAUGUUUCGGAAUCUGUGGUUGCAAUUGCGUCUGAUUCUCUUGGACAGGAAGUGGUCAUUGAAUUUGACGUGGAAAAGAUCCCCGUAUGGUACCACGAUAUGCAUACAUACUUCGUACAACAACAGAAGGUAAGUAAAAGCCUGUAGUGCGAAAAGAGAAAAUAAAGGGUGACAGGAGUCCGUUAUUUAAUUAGCCAUAUCAACCAAAGUGUAUUCUGCUUACAGGGAUGAUGCUACCAGCCGUGCAAUAUAUCCUAAC